AUGGCCACUCUUGAAAAGCAGGUGCAGUCCAGCACGCUGAGCAAGCAGUGCCGGGCAGAUCUGCUUAACCAUCUCGCGGAAGUCGAGACAAACUCUCGGUGCCUCUCCAAGAAGAUGACCACGCUCCCGGACGCCAACCUCCCAUCUGCGGCCACGAUGCCCACCGACAACUCCGUGAAGCGUGGCACUCGGGCCGCCACCGCCGGCGCUAACAUGGAGCGCUUGCUACACUACACCACAAGAAAGCAGGAAAAGGAUGAGAUGAUUGCUAGCCGGAUCACCUCCGACACGAAUCUGAGCGGAACGUACUUCAAAGGUUGCUCGCACAAGUUUGUGAACGGCGCACGCAGCUGGUCUGACCCAUUCCGGACCUCGCGCAACCGCACGGCGCUCUCGGGCAAAGAUAUGGAUUUUGUUUACCGCUAUGCCGAGGCAGCGACGGGGUCCGCAAUUGAGCGCCCGCAGCCGGCAGACGACGCCUCCGUUGCUGCGACGGCGGCGUACCGCGAGGGGUUCCGGCAGUACAAAGGAAGAGACCCCACCGCGAAGGAGAUGGAGGAGGCAGGCAGGCUGGUCUAUGCUUUUGAUGAGAACGGCAGCGUUGGGGUACUUCAGAAGCCGCACAGCUGCUACCCUCACACGCAUAUCUCGGCCGUCAAGACGCACAUUCGCGCGUGCCCAAAUCAGGUGUACUUGCCGGAAGUGCCUCCUGUGCGUGCCGCACGGAGCGAGUUCCCCGGACCGAUCCCAACGUGGUCGAGCACGAAGCGCACUAUCACCAUGGCCACCAAUGGGACGUACCAACCUGGCCACCAUCAGGUCAGGAGCCUGAAGCGGGAGGCAAUGAGUACGGUGGUGGGCUCUCGCUGA